CUACUAGUACUAAACAGCUGAUAGUAAUAACAGCUCAUAGCAUAUCUACGAAAUUAUAUAUACAUACGUAUGUCUCAUUAAAUUAUAAUGUAAUAAUAAUAACAAUGGCGAGGAAAAUCACAACGGUGCUGAUAGACCUCAGCGGAACGUUGCAUAUCGAUAACACGGCUAUUCCGGGCGCUGUACAAGCGUUAAACAGGCUGCGAAAUGCAAACCUAUUGAUUAAAUUCGUCACCAACACCACCAAGGAGUCAAGUAAUUACUUAUACGAACGUCUGAUAAAGCUUGGAUUCGAUUUGCGGAAAGAAGAGAUCUUCAGUUCUCUAGCGGCGGCGAGGAAAUUAAUUAUCUCCCGGCGAUUGAAGCCGAUGCUGUUAAUCGAUCCGGCGGCGAUGGAGGAUUUUCAGGAUUUAACAACGGACGAUACUCCUGACGCAGUGGUGAUUGGCUUGGCGCCGAGCAAAUUCAAUUAUGACGAGCUAAACAAAGCAUUUAGAUUGCUUUUGAAUGGUGCUUCCCUCAUAGCCAUUCACGAAGGGCGAUAUUACAAGCGCCCGGAUGGUCUGGCCCUAGGUCCUGGGGCAUUCAUCAAAGGACUGGAGUACGCUAGCAACGUGAAAGCAGAGGUUGUUGGUAAACCGACCAUAGGAUUUUUUAAGGCGGCCUUAGAGGAGACAGAUUCAGCGCAGGCUGUAAUGAUUGGAGAUGAUGUAAGAGAUGACGUAGCUGGUGCACAGGCAGCUGGGAUCAAAGGUAUUCUGGUACAAACUGGUAAAUAUAGAGCGGGAGAUGAGAGUACGAUCACUCCGGGACCGGCGAAAGUGUGCGCCUCCUUUGUGGAAGCUGUCGAGAGUAUUCUCGGUGAGAUUAUUUAAAGACUUGUGGUUCGACGAAAUUACUAAGCGCGUAUGUAGCAAUAGAAUUCUUUAUUCAAAUAUCGCUGCGCGAUGCAAUCUCUUUUCUAUAUUAAAUUAUUUUAUAUAAAUACUGGAUUAUCUUAUAUAGUGUACAUAGUCUGGAGUGAUGCCGUAUUAUUGUUAUAAAACAGACGGAAUAAAUACAAAUAAAAAUGAAUGUCAAUUCUCUGA